CAGAAAACAAACAGAAAGAGCAGAACUCUACGAAACCUCGUAUAAGGACUUGACCAAAAAGAACGAAAUCCUAAAAGCACAGUACUACUCACAGCGAGACACACAAGCGGAUAUCCUGAAGACGCUCAAGGCGAAUUUAGAAGAGCAGUACGGGAAGGUACUACGACUCGUGCGGGCUGCUUUUUGAGCUGCUUUUAUGGAGUUCAAUCAUGAAGAAAGUCGUCGUCGUGAGAUGGAAUCACAUUCCAAACUUCAUGUUUCUGUUAUCCUUAGGACAGUCGGUCCUUAAUGAUGAAAAUAAUCACAAAUGAUAAGGUCGAAAAGUUCGAACGUGUGAUUGAAGCACUACACCAGUCGAUGGAGGAGAGCGAUGAUGGGCAUAGGAAAGCUUUACUGGAGAAAGACGAGGAAUGGCUCUUAAAAAUGCAAGAAGCGCAGGCCAAGGUGUUGAUCUUCUAGUUUCAAUUGUGAUUAGAUGAUGUAGACGAGAUGCUCACGUCCUUCUCGUUCUCGAGGACCGACUGUUUUGUGAUCUACACCACACCAAGUAGCUCACAAGUACUUAGUACUGACAUUUUUUAGUAAGUUACGAGUACAUGUACAACAACUACCCCGACCACCAUCAACUCUCCUUCAGAUUGACGAUCUGCAGACAGCGCUGGAGAAUGUGAAGGGGUACAUCAAAAAGCGGAACGAGAUGAGCGAACAUCUCGACUCCUUGGAAAAGCAGCUGAAACAGAAAGACGAAGAAAAAGACUUGGAAAUCGCGCAGCUGGACAGAAAAAAAGCCUUAGAAAUAGACCAACUGAAGAAAGACAUGCUAGCGAGGAUAAGGGAGACGAGGGAUAGCUUGCGGUACGAUUCAUCUUGGAUGUGGAGGUCCUGGCUUUUGAUGAAAUGCUUUGCGGAGCUCUAAUCGUCAGUCCAUGUCAUCGAGACCUGGACUUAGAGCUCAGCAAAGCACUUCAUUGCCUUCUUUCAUUUUUACUUCUCCAGUCUCUCAAGAAGACGGAUCCCUUGAUGCUCCUGAGACAACAUUUCUUUUAGGGACUAGUAGAGGACACGAGCACGUCUACUGAAGGAGACGAGCAGUUCUUCGAUAUUGUCCUUGUGGUGUUUGAUAUACGUUUAGUUUUUUUUCGGACUUAGCUCCUCAAGAACUGCUCAAGAACUGGUCCAGCACUGCCACACUACACUCACGUCGUGAGUCUCCUCUGUCCACCCUCUACCACCUCCACCAGCAUGAAAACCAAGGAGCAAUUGGACGUGAUAACGAAACGAACCAUCAUGGAAAAUGAGCAGAUGGGUAACGAGUUGGCAUUUCAGAGGAAGGAAGUCGAGAAAGUCCUACAGAAAGGCAAAACGAUGGCGGAGGAGAAUUCGAAACUGCGGAGAAAUAACGAAUUGCACAACGAGUUAGAGGAAGAAAUGGCGCGACGAACCCACGUGUAUCAGAAAUUGAUAAAGAUUAUGGCAACAAGAAGGUCUUUUUCGUACGUAGAGUAAAAAGCAUGCAUUUGCAAGGUGACACUUCCAUUGAGACGGAACUACUCCUACUAUGUAAAUGUAGUGAGUCAUGUAGGCGUGGUUGGUCUUCAAAACUCGAACUUCUCAUCAAGCUCAGCACCAUGUAUAAGCUCAUACAAGAAUUUUUCUUAUAAUAUCAUUUAGUCUACUUCUACUCUUCGUCUAAUGGGAAACUUAAGGCCAAACUAGAGGACGCCAAUAAGCGGACGAGCGAACUCGAGAAAGAAAGAUCAGAGGCACAGCAAGCUCAAAGUCCAUUUGAGCUCCGCGUUGGAGUGAGGAAUACCCAUGUCAUAGACGGUUCGCCAAUUACAGCGGGAGAAGGGGAAGGAGCGACAAGUAGUACGAAUCUAGGAUCUUCUCCAUUGCAGAAGACAGUAGCGUUUCAGACGGGCGGAGCAAGUGGGUCUUAUGGUGUGGUGGCCAGAAACUGGGAGUUGUGGUGUAGUCAUUCCCUCAACCUCCUAGUUUCUUGAUCAUUUUAAAAUCGGCGGGUUCGUAGAGUACUAGUAUAGCGUGAUAGAGGAGCACUAAGUUUGCGAACUGGAUAAAGCUGAGGCCGCUCUUUCAGUAGCCCCAGGAUACAAAAAAAAAGAAACUUUCUCUGAAGUCUCCAAAUCCCAAUCCAGAUAGUAACGUGAAUUCGCUCCUGUCUCUGGUGUUGGUAAGAGUGGUUGCUUUCUUUUCUUGGCUGUGGAGGUUUCUAGGACGAAUCAGACUCGCAAACAAGGACAGGAAAUCAUUAGUAGCAGAAUUUUGACGUUUACACGACGACACCAUCAUACAACUAGGCUCUUCUCUAAACAAAAGAGCAAAACCAGGGCACCUCCGGUGAAUCAGGAGUUCUAGGCGACCAUGGCUUUGCUGGAAAGAAGGCGAAAGUACAAGUAGCAAAAGGAGCCGCCAUAGACAAAGUAGUGUUAACUCCACGCACACUACAAACGAAUCUAGUAAACACCGGACCGGGUGGAGCUGGCGGUGGUGGAGGCAUACUAGUCAACAACACUAGUCUUAAGGCUCAAUGCAAUUAAUUUUUUCAAUAUUUCUACAACAAGUGGUCCUUUCUCACUGUUUCAUGCUUCUUGAGAGACUGGAGAAAUAGAAAUGAAAGAAGGCAAUGAAAUGCUUUGCUGAGCUCUAAGUCCAGGUCUCGAUGACAUGGACUGACUAUUAAUUAGAGCUCCGCAAAGCAUUUCAUCAAAAGCAAGGACCACAUCCAAAGUGAAUAGUACCGCAAGCUAUCCCUUGUUUCCCUCAUCCACCUCGCUGGCAUGCCUUUCUUCAACUGGUCUAUGUAUUUCUAAGUCUGUUUUUCCAGGCAAAUGUAGAAUGAAAUGCUUUGCUGAGCGCUAAUAGUCAGUCCAUGUCAUCGAGACCUACAGCAGGAGGAUCAUCAAAGCCUCCUGCAAUACAAUCGACAACAGUGGAGGUCGAGAGUCUACGGAGGAGAUUAGCAGAAGCGCAAGACGAGCUGAAACGAUUCAGAAAAGACCACUUAGCCGUCUUGAAUCUGAGUGAUCAGGCAACGCGUUUAGUACUGUUAGAGUUGUACGAGCUAAGAAAGGGACUUAAUGACGCGGCUAUGGGGCAGAUGGUACUACUUUUUACGACCAUAUUUACUAGAACUAGUGUGGAGCUGUUGUUCUAGAGAAGUCAGCUCUUUUUUUGUCUAAAAUCUAAGUACCUGAUUAUUCUCGACCUACGCCUACCCUUUAUAUCUACACCUGCCACUGAGGAUUAUCGUUUUGGUUUUCCUUUCUUGUUCAGGGCUCUCCUAGUGGUAAAUAUCUGGCAAUCGAUGCUUUUCUGGAGCAGGAGCUGGUCAUUGCCAGAAAUUCCGGUCACGAGGACGACAGUGGCAAUGGAACAACCAGCACCGGCUUGCACUCCUUCCUCUCUCUAUCCACCAAGCAGCGAGAGAAUUUUCUGCUGUUAUUGCUCGAAAAACUGGCGCAUAAGCGGUUAGAGCCUCGAACGAAAAGGGCAGUGGAUAGAGUGACGAAAAUGUACUCAACGAGCACGAAGAGCACGCAAACGACUCCGGAGAAUGCUGGACCGCUGGCUCUAGAGCCACCAGUACCACGAGGACCACCGAAGGGAUUUGUUUCUCCAUUGUAUUAUGGCUCGGUUGCCGAAUUUUUUCGAAAUAUUGAACGUUUUGUUCUGUUUCUAAUUAUGAAGAUAUUUGCUUUGUUUUCUCAGAAUGAUCUUCUAGAAACCAUUCUAGUGGUUCGCUAUAUGUUUUUAAGUACAAGAAUGCAAGAGAAAGAGAAACAUCACUCAAGACCUGUAGUACCUUGUCUAACCCAACGGCCACAAUGCGUUCAAAGCUCAAGUGGUGAAAGGAGAAGUGAGGCCUUGGGGCGGGAAUAAUCCGACAGCGACUAUGGCAGCGCUAGGAGCGGCGAACGUGAAUUCGGCACAGAGUGUAGCGGGAGUGAUCCCAGGACACAAUGGCGUGCCAAAGAGACGCUUGAUCAACACCAGUACCCAGGAGCCGCUACAUCAGCUCGUCUAGAGGAACCGCUACAUCAGCUCGUCUAGAGGAACCGCUACAUCAGCUCGUCUAGAGGAACCGCUACAUCAGCUCGUCUAGAGGAACCGCUACAUCAGCUCUAGAGGAACCGCUACAUCAGCUCGUCUAGAGGAGCCGCUACAUCAGAAGAGAAGAAAUUUGUCGAUGCUGAUACGGGAAACAUCCCGAUUGGUAUUUCUCUGAUCUUCGAACACGACCUAUUAUAUUCGACGACCUAUUAUGCUCGACGACCCUUUUUAGUUUUACCCAUUCUUGUACCAUUUGAUUGCAACAGCUACACAUACUCAACAUAGUUAAACCUCCAUACUCAUAGUCAUACAACACAUGACAAGAACGACUAGAAUUAUUUUUACUUUUGAUUACAACAUACGCGCGAAAUACUGUAAAUCGAAUUUAUUCACAAUUUACUACGGGCUCAUUUUCAUAGAAGGAACACACGAGGUCUCCAAGAAGAACUAGUGCGUUUCAUUCUCCACAUAAUUGUCGUGUAGUAACAUCAUAGGACAAGUGCUUGAAAACAUGUACAAGUUUUCCUACAACAAAAUCAGAAAAUAAUAUUACCAUAAAAUCCAGAUACAUCCGAUCCAGAGUAAUUCAAAUUGUUCAUUGUGCACUUAUUCCUAGUAGUUUAACCAAAGUAAAAACAAAGUCAACAAAGGCUGGCAAGUAAAGCCCUCCGAAAGCGAAUAAAGCCCUGCUAAAGUGGUUGUUUUUAUUGUUAAUGUUUCAAUCAGAUGCAGAUCGGACGUUCCAAAGAGUGCUCUGCAGCAAAUGCAAUGCUCUAGUAGUCUCGUCAGCGACGUUGAGACUAAAUUACAGUGUCCGC